AUGUCGUCUGCCGAUGCGAAGCCAUUGCCUUUCGUCUACCAGUUCGCGGCCGGUGCCGUGGCUGGUGUGUCGGAGAUCCUGAUAAUGUACCCGCUUGACGUUGUCAAGACCCGAGUACAACUUCAGACCGGCAAGGUAGUUGGUGACGAGGGAUACAAUGGCAUGGUGGACUGCUUCAGGAAGAUCAUCAAGAAUGAGGGUGCCUCGAGAUUGUACCGUGGUAUUACCGCUCCCAUUCUCAUGGAGGCGCCAAAGAGGGCUACCAAGUUUGCUGCCAAUGACUCAUGGGGUGCCUUCUACCGCAACCUCUUUGGCCAAUCCAAGAUGAACCAGUCCCUGUCUAUCCUCACUGGCGCCACCGCCGGUGCAACCGAAUCCUUCGUCGUCGUACCUUUCGAGCUAGUUAAGAUUCGGUUACAGGACAAAGCCCAGGCGCACAAGUACAACGGCAUGAUGGACUGUGUUACCAAGAUUAUCAGGCAGGAAGGCCCUCUUACUCUGUACCAGGGUCUCGAGUCAACCAUGUGGAGGCACAUUCUCUGGAACGCUGGAUACUUUGGCUGCAUUUUCCAGGUCCGCGCUCUCCUGCCCAAGGCAACCGAUAAGCGAAGCCAAAUCUCAAACGAUCUCGUGUCUGGUGCUAUUGGUGGAACAGUCGGUACUAUUCUCAACACGCCCAUGGACGUGGUCAAGUCGCGUAUCCAGAACUCGCCAAAGGUAGCCGGCUCAGUACCCAAGUACAACUGGGCAUGGCCUGCACUUGGUACUGUCAUGAAGGAGGAGGGCUUCUCGGCCCUGUACAAGGGUUUCCUGCCCAAAGUUCUCCGACUUGGUCCCGGAGGUGGUAUUCUGCUUGUCGUCUUUACCGGUGUCAUGGACUUUUUCCGUACCAUGCGUGACGGUAAGUAG